AUGGCGGAAGUUGCUCCUUUUCCUUUGGAGAGUAUGAUUUGGAGCGAAGAGGAAGCAAAACAAAAACAGAUUGAUCAAGUUGGAACCUCGGCUUGUGGAGCUACAGCUGCUCUUAACGUUUUGAAUGCUCUAGGACUAGAGUCAGAUGUUCAAGAAGCUAUCCAAGCUGUUCGCACUCGACAAAGAGACCUUGAAGCKCCAUUACCUCAGUAUUUGCUAUCGCGGAGUGUAGCAGGAACCACGCACACAGACAUCAUAGAUKGCAUAAAAAGACUGAGCAAAAAUCAAAUUGAUGGGAAAUUUUUYCAUUUCUUUCCCGAAAGGGAUGUUGAUAUAACAUCAUGGCUGAAGAAAUGGAUACAUCUAGGYGGAGUACCAGUUGUAACACUGAAUUGUCAGCGAAUARAAUAUCCUGACGGCAGCAUACCAGAUGCCUGGCACCACCAAAUGGUUUAUGGUGUCAGUGACGCAGGAACUCAUAUGACCAAUCCAUACCAAAUAUYAAAUGUUGAACAACUUAUGACACAACUUUGUAGUGAAUCUGUGCUUCUUAUACACCGCCAUGAUGUCAUCAUGAGGUGGGAUGUUAACAUGGAUACUACUCCUHUAAACAGUACCAGAUGGAAAGAGCUUCAAGUUCUUGAGCAAAUUGAAAGGCUGAUUAAAGAGGAGACAUUGAAAAUGGUUUAUGGCAGUGACCUUAAAUAUCAUGAAUUAGAAACUUCUCAUUUGAAAAUUCCAGCAGUUUAUAAGUCUGGGAUCACAAUCUUUGCUAAAAUUGAUUCGCCUGCGUACAAAUGUCUUCAGUGYGCUAAGGAACUCCCUAUUAAGCAGUGURCURGUGAUGGUUGGAUGGAUGAAUAAAUGGAUGGAAGGGAUGAAUGGAUGGAAUAAUGGGGUAAAUGAAUGAAUCAUUAUGUAAUAGAAUGAAAAAAUAAUAUUGGAUAUGAAUUGCAGAAAUGACAAAGAAGUAUAGCUUUUAGGAAUUUAAUAGAAGUAGAGAAUUUAGGAAUUUGAUAUACAAAACAGAGUGUUCAGCUUGGAUGCUUUUCUUGUGUUUUUUUUUUAACACACUUGUAUGCCGAUUGGCUGAUUGGCAUGUGUCAAUAACAGGACAUAUACACACACUGUACUGACACCAUCUUGCAUAUACUCAGUUGAAAGGGAAUAAUAAUUUUCCUUAAUUUUCAAACUUAAAGGGGUACUUGGACGUAAUGUAUGGCCGUUUUUGAAAAACCUGUAAUAUUAUGUCUUAGCCGCUGAAACUUUCUCAACAUAAAGAUAAAUAAACAAGAAAUCACUCUGUAAAGUUUCAUUUCGAUAUUUCAAUGGGAAGGAUGACAUAUUUACGAUUUAGUUUUCGUCCGCCAUUAUUUUCUCUACUCACGGCCAAAAAGUAAAUGUGUACGUAAAACAUAAACUACUCACAGCUCUUUCAUCCUAUGUCCUCUUAUUGACAGGCUCUUCUUAACAAUUGCAUGAAUCCUUGGAUAGUUGAAAUAAUGAAUAAAUAAAUAAUGGGAAAACGAAUUGGUUAA